GUUCUUGGUCACAGAUUUCGCACAAUUCUUCAAUGGUUCAUUUCUCGAUACCUUAUGCUUUCUAGGUUACAAGACUCUGAUCUCGACUUGGGAAUAAACUCAUCUAGUCAUGAGAUUAUUACACUUAGUUUUUAUAGCCUUCUGUCUAACACUUGCUUCUGCAAGACAUAACGGCCAUCACUGCGGCGUUCACGAAGAAUACGUCGAGUGCGGAUCAGGAUGCGAACCUAGCUGUGGUAAUCCAAAGCCUCACUGUAAUCAACACUGCGUGUCAGGAUGCCAAUGUCAGAAGGGAUACUUCCGAAAUGCGCAUCAUCAGUGCGUAGAGAGCUGUACCAUCGAGAUGGUGGAAACAGGCUGCUCAGCCAUGUCAUGCUCCAGCGGAAUGCACUGUGAAAUGGCACCAAAGCCGUGCCCACAUCAACCGUGCCAGCGAGCUCCUACUUGUGUCAUGAACAGUCCUUCACCACCGCCUCCGCCACCAGUUUCUUGUUCGCAAAUACAGUGCCCAAUGGGAACAGCAUGCAGAAUGGUACAGGAACCAUGUGCGCCUGGACGAGCUUGUGCAGCACUGCAUCCGACAUGUAUAGCAAUGAGUCCACCACUACCACCGCCACCUCCACCAAGACCUCUUGACUGUUCGCAAGUGCUCUGCGCUCCCGGAAUGGUGUGUCAAAUGGUUCAGCGACAAUGCGUACGACCUCCAUGUCAUGCUCCAGAACCUAGAUGUGUGAUACCAAGACCAGCGCCAUCACCGCCACCAACUUGCGCCACCACACGUUGUCCACCCGGGACCCACUGCGACAUGGUCGUGCAGCCCUGUCUAAAUGGCCGUUGUCCACCUCCAUUGCCGCACUGCAUAAGUCAUCCCAUUCCGCCACCACCGCCUCCACCACCACUACCAGUUCUUCGAGCUCCACCAGAGCCGUGUCAGAACAGAUGCGAUAGUCACACACAUAAAUGUACCAUUAUCUGCAAUAAGAAGUAAAUCCACACUACGCAAUUUCCGAUGAUGACAUUCUCUCCACUCAAGCAACAUACGAAUGAAAUAACCAAUGCUACUACCUCAAAUUUCAUCUUUCAAUAGCUUGACAUUGUUUUAGCCUACAUUUUACUUUUGCAUGUUUUCUCUGUACAAUACGUUUUUCUAUCCUUCGCAUGACCAUGCAGAU